AUGGAUCACGAAAUAGAAGAACAGGGCGAUAUCGACGUGGACCCUAAUAUCUAUGUCACCACUGUUUACGGCGAUGACUGGCAAUCAGAAACUACAUCUAUCGGCUCCUCCAUUUAUCGUGGAUUGGAAGAAAAUGGUCGUCGUGUUCCCUCCGAUGAAAGGCAAUUCGAGACUUACGAAGCCGGGUAUGUGACACUAUCUUAUCUCCAGCCCUCGGCCAGCUGGGCAGCCAUUAACAAAACCAGACACUUAGUAGCCCUAGUCAUGGACUCAGAUAGAGAGAAUCCCCUCUUCCGCUCGCCCAUCGGCCAAGAAGCAAAACACAUUCUCGACCUGGGAACAGGCCAGGGUAAUUGGGCCAUCGACGUGGCCGACAUGUUCCCAAAUACUACCGUCCGCGGCGUCGACCUCUUCCCACCACCGAUAACAUGGAUGCCCCCAAACUGCAUCCUGGAAGUAGACAACAUCGCCGAAGACUGGACCUGGAACGAACCCCAGGACCUAAUCCACAUCCGCAUACUAAUCGGCUCCUUCGACCCCACAGAAUGGGAUAAAGUCUACAUGCAAUGCUACAACAACCUCCGCCCAGGCGGCUGGCUCGAACAACUCGAAGCAAGCCCGUAUAUCGAAUGCGACGACGACAGCCUGCCCGCAAACAGCAUCCUGCGAACAUGGGGCCCCACGCUAGCAGCCUGCGGGAAGCGCGCCGGCCGGCCGCUCGAAACAGUUGACAUGAUGCAGGACGCGUUCCGCAACGCGGGAUUCGUGGACCUCCACCAGAAAGAAUACAAGUGGCCUAUUGGGCCGUGGGCGCGCGACCAGAAAUACAAGGAGGCCGGGACGGUGAAUUACCAGCACUGGAUGAGCGGGAUGGAGGGGUGGGCGAUGUGGUUGCUUACGAAGUAUGGGGAGCCGGCGCCGUGGUCGCAGGAUGAGGUUAUUGUUUAUGUGGCGAAGUUGAGGGCGGAGUUGCAGAAUCCGAGGUAUCAUGUUUAUGAGCGCGCGAGAAGGGUUUGGGCUAGGAAGCCGUUCCAUGGGGAGGUUUCGCCUGCUGCGCCUGAUAGGGGGGUGCAUGUCAAGAUUGAGCAGGAGUAG